AUGGGCUUUGUUUUUUACUCUGCACUUUUCAUCAUUAUUCUUUCUCUCUCUCUCUCUCUCUCUCUCUCUCUCUCUCUCUCUCUUAUCACUACCUUUUCAUUACUCUCUCACAAUCCUUUUUCCUUUUUUUCUCUUAAUUUUUCUUUUACACUUUUUCUUUGGUUUCUCCAGAUUUGUUUAUCAAAGCCUUCUCUCUCACACACACACUCUCUCUCCCAUCUUUUUUCUCUCUCUCCCCUCUUUUUGCUCUCUCUCUUCUUCUUUUCCCUCUUUUCUCUUUCUCUUUCUUUCUCUUUCUCUCUUUCUCACACUCUUUGUCUCUCUUCCUUUUCUUCUUUCUGUCUCUCUCUUUUUCUUUUUCUCUCUCUCUCUUCCCUCUUUUUUCUUUCUGUCUCUUCCCUCUUUUCUCUCUAUCUUUUCUCUCUCUUUUCUCUCUCUUCCCUUUUUUUUUCUCUCCCUUCCCUCUUUUCUCUCUCUUUCGCUCUUCCCUCUAUUCUCUCUCUGUUCCCUCUUUUCUCUUUCUCUCCCUUCUCUCCCCUUUUUCGCGCUUUUCUCUCGCUUCCCUUUUCUCUCUUCUUUUCUCUCUCUCUCCCACUUUCUCUUUUUUCCCUGUCUUUAGCCCCUUCCGUUUCUUAUCGCAUCUACCACGAAGCAAUUACUGCAAGGCAACUUAAUAUUUGUAGCCUCCUGUCUCAUUACCUACCAAUUUAG